UUGACUUUGGUAAACACAAACAAUUUAUUACCAUUCAUCCGGUUUUUUUUAUUACGAGUACUAAUCUUUGUUAUCGCGGUGAUCAAUUGCGCAGCACGUUCAUAAAAGAUCUUGUAAAUCGACGAAUUGAUUCAAUCGAUUGAGAGCAGUACAAAACGAUGUCGUGAUCGAAAUAUCCGUUUCUUUGAAAAAAAAGCCUGCGAACAUCGACCACUUGUAAUAUGGCGGACGAGCACAACAGUACCGACGAGUCAGAUUCAGAGAGUCCAAGUGAAUUGCACGGAAUCCUUCAAAAGUGGACUAAUUACAUACAUGGUUGGCAAGAUAGAUAUAUUGUAUUGAAAAAUGGUACUUUAUCUUAUUACAAAAGUGAACAGGAAUUAGGUUAUGGAUGUAGGGGUGCCUUGUUAUUGGCAAAAGCAACUAUCAAGCCUCAUGAAUUCGAUGAAUGUCGUUUUGAUGUUUCUGUUAAUGAUUGUGUUUGGUAUUUAAGAACCGAUAAUCUUGAAACGAAGCAACUUUGGGUGGAUGCUUUAGAAUCAUACAAGGCUGAAUCAGGUUAUGGUACAGGUUCUGAAAACAGUUUAAAACGCCAUGGCUCGAGUGUUAGUUUACAAUCAAAUUCGUUCAGUACAGCAUCAACAAAUAGUUUUAAGAAGACUGGAAGAAAUUUGCGCGAAAAAUUGGCCGAGUUAGAUACCUUCAAAGAUAUUUUAUCGGGACAAGUUGAUGUGUUACAACAAUUUUUUGAUACCUGCGCUGAUUCGGCUGAAAAAAAUGGAUUUAAUGUUAAUGCAGACAUUGAUAAUGCCAAAAAAUCCUUGCCAGAUAUCGAUUUUAAGGGAGAAGCAAUUACGUUUAGGACUACCACAGCGGCUGUUUUAGAUACUCUUGCCCAUUGCGUUGAUUUGGUGAUGCAACGUGAAGAAUCAUGGCGGAAACGCCUUGAGAAAGAAACUGAAAGACGGCGAAAAGCUGAAAGAGUUUCCAAAAGUUAUUUUGAACAGUUGCAGAAAGCUAGAAAUGUUCAUCCUGGGCCAGAUUUAGAGGAAGGACCUCAUAGUGUAAUAGCAGAUGAUGAAUUUUAUGAUGCCGUUGAAAGCGGUUUGGAUAAAAUUGAGGAAGAGCAAGAUUUCCGAGAACGUCUUAAAACAGGAAGGGCAGUCCCCCCAUCUCCUCCACCAACAGUUUCGCCAGCUGCUCAUCAUCGGCUCUGGUGCGAAAUCGACCAAUUAACAAGGCAAGAAGUUGCGAUGGCAAAACUAGGUGUAGGGGAAUGUGGCGGACCUGGAUGGCAAUUAUUCGCCGAAGAUGGUGAAAUGCGUAUGUAUAGACGCGAAGAGGAAGUGGAUGGGAUGGUUGUUGAUCCUCUAAAAGCGGUUCACGUGGUUAAAGGGUUUACCGGUCGGGAAAUUUGUCAUUAUUUUUUUAGUCCCCAAUAUAGAUAUGAAUGGGAAACUACAUUAGAGCAUAUGCAAGUUGUUGAAACGAUAGCGGACGAUACUUUAAUAUUUUUGCAAACGCACAAAAGAAUUUGGCCGGCUAGUCAAAGAGAUUGUUUGUUUUGGUCGCAUUUAAGGAUGAUGCCCAAUGAUCAGGACUCGGAAGGACCAUGUGUGUGGGCUGUUGUUAAUCAUUCGACUGAAUUACCUGAUUUUCCGGCCAACACAGGAAAGUGUUUACGAUUAACUGUAACAGUAACACUUCUUGCCCAAACACGGAUAGAUCCUCCAAAGGAUGGUUCGCCAAUUACAAGAGAUAAUAUUUCUUGUAAAAUUACAUAUUGUUCUCAAGUAAAUCCUGGUGGGUGGGCACCAGCUUCUGUAUUAAGAGCAGUGUACAAAAGAGAAUAUCCAAAGUUUUUGAAACGAUUCACGGCGUACGUCAUAAAUCAGACUAAAAAUAAGCCGAUAAUGUUUUAGCAGUAAGGUCAGGGUUUAAGUGAUAAUUAAAAAAAGAAGGUUUUUUAUAUUCACUGUUUUUUUUUUAUUUUUAAUUUUUUGACUAUUAAUUAGCUGUGGUUAAACACCCUUCCAAACGUUACUACUGUUUUAUUUUAUUUUUUUAUUAUAUUAAUAUAUAUUAUAUAUUAUUAUUAAAAAACAUGCUACAAGUU